AUGAGCGAGGUGGACCCCGACGCGUGGGUGCAGGCCCUCUCGUUGGAGGGAGCACAGGAACAGUUGCGUGUGCGAGGUUUGUCUACGGAGGGCAUUUUGCCGACCCUCCGGGCUAGACUGGUGCGUUAUGAGAAGUCCCUCCGGGAGGGGCUUGAGGCGAUUCCCACGGGCGUGAGCGCCGAAAUUUUGGCGGACCUAAGAGCGAAGCUUCCACCGGCGGAGACGGACCCUGGUGACGUUCUGACGGGCCCGGGUGACGGGAAUCGACACUCCCGUUCGGCUCGGUUUUCGGCGCAGGACGUGUACAACGUUAUGCGCCGCUGGAAUUUGAACUUCAAGGGGGCGCGCGGAAAUGACGCCGAGGAGUUUUUGGUUCGGCUAAAGGAGGGGCGGGCCUUGGUUCCUGUCCCCGAUGAAGAGCUGUUUAAGUGUCUGCCGUUUUUCUUGUCGGGAAUUGCGCUCCAGUGGUUCAGGCGUAACAAGGCUCAGUUUCGCGCGUGGUCCGGCUUUGAGGCCGCGUGGCGAUCACGCUUUGGAGCCACGGAUUUCCAGUACGCGCUGCGAGAGGAGAUCAUGAAGCGGACUCAAGGUGAGCAGGAAGCGGUGGCGGAUUAUCUGACUUGUCUGGCGGCGAUGUUCGACCGACUAACUCCGCCUUGGCCUCUGGAGGAGCAGCUCAACCACGCACUGCGGAACAUGUUGUCGCGGGUGCAGCUCGCUAUACAUCGCGAGGAGGUGCGGGACUUUCGCGCCCUCGAACAGCUCGCCACUCGUUAUGAGCGGGCUUGUCUUGCCGCUAAGCACUACCGAGCGCCGCCGACUCCUGAGAAUUCGUUGUUUCCGGACCUGGCCUACCGGCCGCCCAAGAAGAACACCCGAAUAGCUGCGGCUGCGGCAGCCGUCGCACCGGCGAAUGGACGUAAGGGGAGCAGGGCUUCCGGCUCGCGGUCUGGAGUCCCGCCGGCUGGAGGGACCCAGGGGGCCAGGAGUGCCUCGAGCGCGGACGCUGUCGCUGCGUCCCACUCUUCCGGCAAAGGCAAGUGUUGGAACUGCGAGAAGAUUGGGCAUCUGGCACGAGAAUGGGAGCGCGUGAACCAGGCCUCAGCGCCUCCCGGAGUCUCGGAGACGGCCUGCGUGGAUGGUCGGGGAAGGAGCCUUGGUGGCUGCGCUUACGGAGUCUUUCCCGUAAAGGGGAGACCGCCCCUUGGCUACUUUCACCUUUCCGUUAAUGGACUGAAUCUGUGGGCGUUGGUGGAUACCGGAUCGAAUAGGACCUUGUUGGGGUGGCCAGGUAUCGAGAUCGUGCAUCGGCUCGGCUUGCGGACUCGUAUAGAUCGUACUUAUGGGGUACGGACAGCUAAUGGUGAACUCAUGGAAUCACAGGGAGAAGUGGACGUGUCGAUUGAAUUAGAGGGGCGGAGGCGAACGUUGGCGGUGUGGCUCAUGCCCCGCUUAUCGGUUCCGGCGAUCGUCGGCGUGGAUUUCCUGCACGCGUUUGGAAUCCUUUUGAAUUUGGCGGAUCUCCGUUGGAGUUUCGCGGAUGAUCCUGCGGUUGCUUUCGGUUUCGAAGGGGAGGAGCAGGCCUUUCGGGGUAGAUGCGGAGCCGCGCAGGACUCUACGGACGAGGAAGCGGAGCUGGCCAAGUUCUUGAGUGCCCAGCUACCGAAGGCUGUGACCGGUCUCGGAGUUACGACCCUGACCGAGCAUCACAUUGACGUGGGCCAACAUCCCCCCAUCCGGCAGAGAUGCUAUCUGGUGUCACCUAAAGUGCAGGAGGCCAUCCGCGAGGAGGUCGAUGCCAUGUUGAAGACUGGUGUAAUUGAACCGUCGUACAGUGACUGGUCGAAUCCUAUCGUCAUGGUGAAGAAGGCGAACGGCAAAUAUCGAUUCUGCCUGGAUUUUCGACGAGUGAAUGCCGUGUCGAAGAAGGAUGCCUACCCCCUACCGAAUAUGACUGGAAUCCUGGAUAAGAUGCGCGCUGCUAAGUAUAUUUCUACGCUGGAUCUAAGUCAAGCCUAUUUCCAGAUCCCGUUGGCGAAGGAUAGUCGUGAGAAAACGGCCUUUAGUGUACCAGGCAUGGGGCAUUACCAGUUUACCCGUAUGCCGUACGGCUUGACGGGGGCCCCUGGCACCUUUCAGCACCUGUUGGACAAACUCAUCGGUCCGGAGAUGGAGCCGUACGCUUUCGCGUAUUUAGAUGAUAUCGUGGUUGCUACGCCCACCUUUGAGGAGCAUCUGUCGUGGCUGAAGGUCUUGGACAGGAUUACAGCUGCCGGACUUGCCAUCAAUCCGGAAAAAUGUGAAUUCUGCCGCCCGCAAGUUAAAUACUUGGGAUUCCUGGUUCAGCGGGAUGGUUUGACGGUCGACCCCGAGAAGACGCAACCCAUCUUGGAGUACCCGAGGCCCACUAACAUCAAGCAGUUGAGGCGUUUCCUCGGAAUGGCCUCGUGGUACAGGAAGUUCAUCCCGCAAUUUGUGUCCGUGACGGAACCACUGACGCGCCUGUUGAAGAAGAGUCGGCGCUGGGAGUGGGAACACGACCAAGACUCAGCUUUUGAGAAGAUCCGUUCGUUGUUGAUGUCACCGCCCAUAUUGGCGCGGCCUGAUUUUACGCUGCCUUUUGUUUUACAGACGGAUGCUAGUUCCGUCGGUAUCGGUGCAGUGCUGGCUCAAACCACGGACGACGUCGAACAUGUGAUAGCGUACGCCAGUCGAGCCCUGACGGAAACGGAGCGCAGAUCAUAG